AUGUCAAUGAUAACAAAUUUAACAAAUUGCAGAUGGGAGGAAUUGACACAAAUACUCGCGGGAAUCUUAUAUCCGAUGGGAUUUGAUUUAGUCAAGGCAUUUCCUGCUGAGAGGUACAACUCCAACAUACCAUCCACGAGUACAUUGGUUCCACUACCCAUCACAAAUUUUCGAGGUUCUACUUCUGUACAGCAUAACCGUUCAUCCACCUUAUCAGUAAUAAUAGGUAACACUAGACACCUUUGGUCGAUUUUCAUAGAUUAUUAUGCAAAGAAUAUAAGAGAAAACAUUGGCGAUAAUCAAGAAAAUGCAUCCGAAGAAAGGGACACUUAUGAACAAAGUAACCCGUUAGAUUGGUACACUCGAAUUAGCAUCGAAUCAGCAGUGAAACGAGCCGUUUCAAAGUUUUCCAAGAAUGCUUCUAAUUUGGAAUAUGAAAUUCGGUACGUCUUCGACCUGAGUGAAGAUAAAUUCGUGGCAUUCCAACAGCUGGCCCAGGAUGCAGGAUUAGCUUACUAUAAUAGGAUUUGUUAUUUGAAUGUUCAUCCGGAAUAUGGUCCGUGGAUCGGAUUAAGGGCCGUCGUAACAUUCGAUAUCGAUGGGCCACCUAAACUAUACCCCACACCCGGAAAUCCAUAUCCAAAAGGAGACCAAUUGUUAAAAACCAAAAUGGAAGAGGUUUUGAAAAAUGAUAAUGACAGUCAAUUUUCAAGCACAAGCGUCACGAAUGUCGACAAAGAAUCUGUUGCCAAGACUAAUUUUGACAAGCAAGUUAUCGCUAAUAUUCGUAGAGACUGGUACAAGUGGGUUGAGUUGCGUGAUAUCGCUGGAGGAUUCAUGACAUACAUAUACAAAGACAUGUUUCGCGCAACUAGUGUCUUUUUUCUUAUCGCUUGUUUCGUUUUCGGCAUUCAUGCGGCCAACAUUACGAUUCAAGUAGGGCAAGGUGGUUUGAAGUUUGUCCCCCAAAACAUCACCGUCAAUACUGGUGACACUUUGAUAUUCAAUUGGGCUAACGGUGGACCACAUAGUGUAGUACGAUCCGAUGGCCCUGCCAGUAACUGUGUUAAAUCACUCCGUGCUGGUGCUUUUAAUAGCGGUCAAAUGAUCAUUGGAACCUUCGUUUAUGACGUCACUGAAACCUCCGGCAACAUAUUUUAUUUCUGCGAUGUCCCCAGCCAUUGCGAAGAAGGGGGCAUGUGGGGCGUAAUUACCGUUGGAGGUUCAUCCGGUAAUUCCUCGUCAACAGGUGCAACUUCAAAUAAAUCAUCUGCCUCUAGUACUUCAACAACAAUUGUUACUCU